GAAAUGGUUCUUUUGCGCCUCUUAUAAUAUGUGAACGUGAUUACGAGAUUAUAGCUUUUUCAAAAAAAAAAAAAAAACAAACAAACAAACUCUCCACCUAAAUUAAAGAAUAUGAGAAGAGUGAAUUACAAGUCCUCCUAAAUAUGUAAUUACAUUUACUCACUCAUGCUUAUGCUGCUGUGAGGCCUAUUACAAGUCUCCCUCUAACCAAUUUAUGAGCGAAUGAGAGAGAUGAGUUCAUCUUCUUCACCCACCCGUUCUCGAAGUGGUAGCAGCAACGGCGAGGAGAGACCGCGAUUCUUCGAUAAAAAGGCGAAGAACAUCUGUUGGGCCAACGCCGAGAUAAUUCCCGGCAGACACCCGGAGAGGUGGCGCAAAGACGCAGCCGGCAACGUUGUAUGCAAGCGUUUCUGCAACUGCAAUGGCUGCCUUUGUUUCGAGUAUGACCACAUCGUUCCCUUCUCCAAAGGUGGUGAGUCUACUGCUGAAAAUUGUCAGAUUCUUCAGACAAGAGUGAAUAGAUUUAAGUCAGAUAAAGAUGACGUUGAUGCAACUCGCUUAAAGGGUUUCUCCUGUGAUCUCAAGUUUUCUGAUAAGGAACUUGACAUUAUUGAAAUGGCACUCUAUGGUGAUGUGGUCCGCCCUGGAAAGGAAUGCCGGUGCAAAACUGUAGCCGAAAUGCUAGGACAAUACAAGUCAAAAGACCGUCUGGCUCCCUGCAAGUUGCCAUAUGAUGAAGAAGCUUCAUAGCAGCAGAGGUUAAAUAAACUCCAAUUAAGGAUCCUUCCUAUGAACAGUUGGAGCUUACUGUCACAUUUACUUAAAUGAUUAUUUUGGAAUACAUCUUAUGAUUCUUUUUAAAACAAACCACCUUAUGCAAUACUUUGUUUGGAAAUGUAAAUCCAAAUGAAGAGAGAUGUGAUUUUUUAGGAGGGGAGGGCAACUUGGAUCUUACGAACUAAAACCAGGGCUCCCAACUGUUUUUGCAUUAUUCUCUUGUCUCUGUACUUUGUUCUGUCUCUUGUGCUAGUUGUUACUGAAUAAUAACCAGCUUAGGGUUUUUGUUUUGCCGUGAUCAUUAAAAGAUAUAUAAAUUGUUAGAUUUGAUAUGGACUUAGCAACUUUACGGAUUCUGGUUUGUUUCUUGUUUGGAACCCUGGAUAAGUACCCUGUGUUGUAUUAUAAUUUUCUUACAUAUAUAAUGUAUACUGUCAAAAUUAUGCUAUUAUAUGUCGCUACAUAUAAUGAAGGGGAUAUAUAGUCAUUGU